GUGGCGCGGUAUUUGAAUCUCGGAACCGCAGCGUACGCCGCGGACCCGGCGGGGUGGCCGGAGCUCAGCUAACGGCGCCGCGGUGUCAGCGCUCUCUCCCCGCUCCCUGGAACGGCAGCGGUCCCGGCCCCGCAGCGCAUUCCUCAUGGCGCUACUCCGACCCCCGGCGGUGUCCAAUGAUUUGGAGAAUAUUAACACAGGAGUUAAUUCUAAAGCUAAGAGCCAUGUGACUAUUAGGCGUGCAGUUCUGGAAGAAAUUGGAAAUAGAGUUAUGACCAGAGGAGCCCACGUUGCUAAGAAAGCUCAGAACACCAGAGUACCAGUUCACCCUACCAAAGCAACAAAUGUCAGCAAACAACCGAAACCUACUGCUUCUGUGAAACCGGUACAGAUGGAAGUGCUGGCUCCGAAGGGUCCUUCUCCUACCCCCAAGGAUGUCUCCAUGAAGGAGGAGAACCUCUGCCAAGCUUUCUCUGAUGCGCUGCUCUGUAAAAUCGAGGACAUUGACACUGAAGACUGGGAGAACCCCCAGCUCUGCAGCGACUACGUCAAAGACAUCUACCAGUACCUUCGGCAGCUCGAGGUUUCGCAGUCCAUCAGCCCACGUUUCUUGGAUGGAAGAGACAUAAAUGGGCGCAUGCGUGCCAUCCUGGUGGACUGGCUGGUACAAGUGCAUUCCAAGUUCAGACUCCUGCAGGAAACACUCUACAUGUGUGUGGCCAUCAUGGAUCGCUUUUUACAGAUUCAGCCAGUCUCCCGCAAGAAGCUCCAGCUGGUUGGGAUCACCGCUCUGCUCCUAGCUUCCAAGUAUGAGGAGAUGUUUUCUCCAAACGUCGAAGACUUUGUUUACAUCACAGACAAUGCUUACACCAGCGCCCAAAUCCGAGAAAUGGAAACUUUCAUCUUGAAAGAACUGAAAUUCGAGUUGGGCCGUCCCCUGCCCCUGCAUUUCUUAAGGCGGGCAUCGAAAGCUGGGGAGGUGGAUGUGGAGCAGCACACAUUAGCUAAGUACUUGAUGGAGCUGACUCUCAUUGACUACGACAUGGUGCACUAUCAUCCUUCUAAGGUAGCGGCGGCUGCUUCCUGCUUGUCUCAGAAGGUCCUGGGCCAAGGGAAAUGGAACUUAAAGCAGCAGUAUUACACCGGCUACUCGGAGAGCGAGGUGUUGGAAGUCAUGCAGCACAUGGCCAAAAACGUGGUGAAAGUAAACGAAAACUUGACGAAAUUCAUCGCCAUCAAGAACAAGUAUGCCAGCAACAAACUCCUGAAGAUCAGCACCAUCCCGCAGCUGAACUCCAGAGCCAUCAAAGAUCUCGCCUCCCCUCUGAUGGCAAAGCCCUAGGCCUCUGGGCUACAUCCCUGUAUCCCUGCACUUUCUGUCUUAGCUUUUUUUUUUUUUUUACUGGCUUGGAACUCUCGAUUUUGUAAAUAAUCCUCGCCUUAUUUCAUGCAACCUCUUCUCAGACUAAUUUUCUAAAUAUAUAUCGAGGAAAAAUAAAGCU